AUGAGCACUCUCAGCGACGACAUCUGGUGCAAGUAUGCCGAGGGUAUCAAGAACUGGGCGGGCAAAAGUGGCAAGCCCGAUCCGAACUCCGUCUACUACAUUGCUUCGGCGGUCAACAAGGGCCCCGCGGCUGGAAGCUUCGUUCCGGAUGCCAACAUGAACUUUACCUUGAGCCAGCUUUGCGAUGCUUUGAUCUCCAGCUCAAGUCCAGUUUACAACCCUGGCACACAAGGAAGCUACUUUGAUAACCUUCAGAGAUAUAUCGCUGCCGUCAAAUUGCAAGAAAAUGUUGACCAGGGACUUGAACAACAAUUGAAGGAAGCCAACGAAGCGGCGGCCAAGGCUUUGAAAGCUUAUGCGGCCGCGAGAACCGAUGCCACCAAUGAAUGGACAAAGGAUGACUUCUCCGGCAAAGGUGCCGGUGUCGAUCUCCAAACUUGGGCUACGUCGAAUGCGCCAUUGCUGUUCACUGCCAAGUCGGAGAGAGAUGCUCGUGCACAACACGUUACCCAGAUCAACUCACAGAUCUUUGGUCCUGGUGCCGCUAAGCUCACGAACCAGCAAAACUUGUUCAUUCAGGCUGACAACCGCACUCUGCCAGUGACUGGUCUCAAUAUGAAGGUUACAGACACCCAGAUCUCUACGAACGACUACCGAAAGUAUAUUGAUGCCGUGAGGGACGGUACUAUCGGCUCACUUCCGCCUAUGGUUGAACAGCCAGGAUACUUCGUCCCUUCGUAUGCGACUGAUCCUACCUUCAAAGCCACCAUGGACGAGUGGCUCCGUGUUCGAAUUGAUGCCGAUCCCGAGUACAAAUGGACUAUCAAGUCUGAAGAUACGAAGCACUCCGACUGGACAAAAGUAGGCCACGAAGAGGGCACUGGUGGCUUCAAUUUCGGCUGGAUCCGCAUCGGUGGCGGUGGGAGCAAAGACUGGAAGGACUCAAAGGUCGUCGACGAGACAGGCUCCUUCGAGAUCCAGCUCAGCGCGCAGCGAUGCGGCCUGUUCAGCAUUUACCCCGGCGCUUGGAAUGUUAAGCAAUUCCGCCACACAUAUCCGAACACCAUCGGCGAGGUCGAUCUUGCCAAGGACGCUGUUCAGCCGACCCAGCUUUUCUGCGCAUCCCGUGUCAAGCUCAGGGUCAAGUUCACCGGCUCCAUCAAGAAUGCCUUCGAAAGUGCCGUUAAGGAAGUCAAGGGCGGCUCCGGUGGAAUCUCUAUUCUCGGUUUCACGGUUGGCGGCGGUGGUGGCAGCACAGAGGAGACCACCACGCACGAUUCGGACCUGGUGGAGACAGACGGCUGGUACGAGAUUAAGCCGACUCUUGUCUCCGGUGGCUGCUCCAUGCUGGCAGUCAUCGGGAACAAGUUCAAUGCUUAG